AUGGCUAUCACAAUUUUACCUCCCAUAGUGGAGGACCUUGGUCCCUACCAAUCCUCCGACGAGUCCGAGUCCGGUUCAGAUUCCGAUGUUGAAAUGAGCGGCGUCUCCCGACCAAACAAGCGUGCCCGCCUACAGAAUAAGAAAAAUGACAAAGCAAUCUUCACACCAGGUGAAGUCGUCACUAAUGACCCUCAAUGGAUGAGAGGUCAUGGUACAUUCACAAAUCCCCUCUCAACAUCUAUUAUUGCGACUGUUGCGGGUUAUCAACAAACCACCAACAAAUUGAUCUCGGUCCACCCAAUGCGAGCCCGAUACACACCUGAAAUCGGCGAUCUAGUCAUUGGUCGCAUUGUCGAGGUACAAUCGAAACGCUGGAAGGUUGAUGUCGCCGCCCCGCUCCUUGCACAACUCCCUCUGUCCGCAAUCAACCUUCCCGGCGGUAUCCUUCGACGACGAACAAGCGCCGACGAGCUUCAGAUUCGAACCUACUUCUGCGAAGGCGACCUGGUAGUAGCCGAGGUGCAGAGCGUGCACCAGGAUGGAGCGGCUUCCUUGCACACACGAUCUCUGAAAUACGGGAAAUUACGAAAUGGCGUUUUCCUAGCGGUGGCCGGUACUGGAGGUGUCGGAACAAGGAUCUCGAGCAUGAAGAGCGGUGCUGGAGAUGCGACUGAUACUGAUGGAACCAAGAAAUCACGACAACGGGUAUGGACAAUGGAAACACAAAACGGUGGUGGUCUGGUGGAUGUGUAUCUCGGGGUGAAUGGCUAUAUCUACAUCGCAAAGCAUCCGAACGGUGCUCCCCUGAUUAACUCGGCUUUGGAGAGCGUUGCACUUAGUCGCAUGGAGGAGGUGGUGUCGGGAUCGACUUACUCUAGUCAGAAUGAUGAGAUCGCCCCCCAAACUCGGCGAGAGAUUACCCGCUUGUCACAGAGCAUCCAGGUGCUAGUGCAAGGCGGUGUGUACGUGGAUGAAGUCUCCGUGAUGAAAGCCUAUGAAGUCAGUAAUCAAGUUGAUAUGGAGAUCGGUGAUGAUGACGUGGACAACGAGGGCCGGGAGUAUCUGGAGGGCGCGAAAGCUGAGCGAAUUCUCGAGGCAGUGAUGCGGCAGGCGCAGAGGAAUUAG